AUGGCGCCCAGGGACCUGAUGGGAGCUGCUGAGGAUCUGGCAGACCAGUUCCUCCGAGUUACAAAGCGGUAUUUGCCUCAUCUAGCCCACCUGUGCCUGAUCAGCACCUUCCUGGAAGACGGCCUUCGUAUGUGGCUCCAAUGGAACGAGCAGCGGGAUUACAUCAACAUGUCAUGGGGUUGCGGGAUGUUCCUGACCACCGUCUUCGUCCUUGUUAAUAUGUUCGGACAGCUUGCUGGAUGUGUCCUUGUCCUCACUAGGAAAUUUGUACCAUAUGCUUGCCUUGGCCUCUUCAUGAUCAUCGUCCUCCAGACCAUUGUGUACAACAUCCUUUGGGAUCUGAAGUUUCUCAUGAGAAACCUGGCAUUGGGUGGCGGUCUCCUCCUGUUACUGGCGGAGUCUCGUUCUGAAGGAAAGUCCAUGUUUGCCGGGGUACCCAGCGCAGGGGAGAGGUCGCCGCGUCAGUACAUGCAGCUAGGAGGUCGCAUACUGCUCAUCCUGAUGUUCAUGACCUUGCUCCGAUACCAUGGCGGCGUAUUUGAAAUGUGUCAGAAUAUCUUCGGCCUGACUCUUAUCAUCUUGGUUGCGAUUGGCUUUAAGACCAAGCUGGCAGCUUUGACUCUGGUCUUUUCGCUCAUGGGCAUCAACGUCAUCCAGAAUGCCUUCUGGACGGUGCCAUCUUACCGCCCACUCCACGACUUCCUGAAGUACGACUUCUUCCAGACCCUCUCCGUAGUUGGUGGGCUGCUGCUGGUCGUGGCACUGGGACCUGGCGGCGUGUCCAUGGAUGAGCAUAAGAAGAAGUGGUGA